AUGGCUGCGAAGGGCACCUCCCUCCCCACAACUCUCUCGAGUGAUUACUCCACGAGCUUUUAUGAAGAAGUUUGGGAAAACUAUGACAAUGAUGCCCAGCAGCAAGCGCCGCUCCCGAGCACACAUGUGCUCUCCAUGGUGAUCUACUCCAUCGCCUUCCUACUGGGAGUGACGGGCAACGGGCUGGUCAUCUUCAUCACCGGCUUCCGGAUGAAGAGAACCGUCAACACCAUCUGGUUCCUCAACCUGGCCGUGGCUGAUUUCAUCUUCACCUUCUUCCUCCCCCUCAGUGUGGCCUACACUGCCAUGGGCUUCCACUGGCCCUUCGGGCUGGCCCUGUGCAAGAUCAACACAGCCAUGGCCUUCCUCAACCUCUACGCUAGUGUCUACCUUCUCAUGGUCAUCAGCAUAGACCGUUGCAUCUCCGUCAUGCUUCCAGUGUGGGCCCAGAACCACCGCACGCCUCGCCUGGCUUUAUUGGUAGCCUCUGCUGUGUGGGUCCUGGCCUUGGUCUUGUGUUCUCCGAAUCUCUACUUUCGCCACACGGAUCCCUCCCCGAAUAACAAGGACAUCAUCAACUGCUACAAUAAUUUCAACACUGCCCCAGAAGGGGCCACCAGUGUGGAGAGAGUCAGGAUUAGACACAUGAACCACCAGGCCAUGACCAUCAGCCGCUUUGUCUUCGGCUUCCUCAUCCCCUUUGCUGUCAUCAUCUGCUGCUACGGUGCCAUCUUGGUCCGCCUAAGGCGGGGCCACAUGACCCGGUCUAGUAAGCCCUUCAAGGUCAUCGCCGCCGUUAUCGUGGCUUUCUUCCUCUGCUGGUUCCCCUACCAUGUUUUCUCCUUUCUGGAGUUACACAGGACCCUCAGCCUGCACACUGUUGUCUUCAUCGGGCUCCCCUUGGCAACCAGCCUGGCCUUCAUCAACAGCUGCCUCAACCCCAUCCUCUAUGUCUUCAUGGGUCACGACUUCAAGGAGAAGCUGCGCCGGUCCCUCUUUUCUGCCUUCGAAAGUGCCUUUACCGAGGAUGCCGCCAGCACCACAGCCAACACGAAGAGCAAAUACAGUAUGGAGAUGGAAUCCCUGGCCACCUAGGAGCCGUGCCUCGGCUGAGAACUGGGAACCGUAGCUGAGGUCAGCCUGAACCUCUUCCCAUCAUCCACAGGGGCAAAAUGCACCCCAAGGACUCCGCCCUCCCAUGGACAUGAUCCGCACUCAGCUCUGCUGGUGCCAAUAUGCCCUUGGCAGAGAUGGCCUAGUCUCAUGUGGUCCUUUCCCCUUGAGUUUCCUUCAAACACUGUGAACUGAUGCAUCCAUGAGGAUGGACGGAAGCCAAAGAAGGAUGAAAUGGGUCCUUCACUGAUUUCUCUGUAUUAAAUGCAUUCAGCGAAACUACCACAGACAGAUUUCUCUGCACUCAGGAGUGAUGUCGGGGGCACCCCACGGCAGACAUCGGGUCUUCAUUUGGUCUUCCAUUUGGUCUCUGAGAACAAUCACAAACACCUUCUUCCCCUGCUUCUCUCCUUAACGCUGCCUUGUAUUGAAAGUUCCAAAUAAGUAUCGUGGCCUGCAGAUCUCUGAGCUGGGAAUUGUGUUGGAACGGGGGCUGA